AUGUUGAGAAAGUUGUUAUUUUUAUUAGCAAGUGCGUUAAUAUUUUACUCUAGACACAGUUCUGUAGUGGUUGCUGCAGUUGGGUUUUCUAUAAUUGGUUACAUAGUGACAGAUUACCUUAUCCCUAGAGUUGGGCCUUCUUUCAUUAAGAUCGGUUUAUUCGGUAAAGAUUUAAGUAAAGUUGGAAAGCCGGUAUUACCAGAAUGUAUAGGUGCAGUCUCUGCAACAGUUUACCUUUUUAUCAUGUUCUUCUAUAUUCCAUUUAUCUUUUAUAGGUAUUUGGUGACAGUCACCUCUGGAGGUGGACAACGUGAUGUAACCGUAGAUCAAUGGCCCACAGAUGGUCCUAGUUAUUCUGUGUUCCCGCAUAGUAGAUUAUCAGAGUAUUUAAGUAGUACUUUAUGUCUAGAGAGUACAAUAUUAUUAGGGAUCGCUGAUGAUUUGUUCGAUAUUCGUUGGAGACAUAAGUUUUUCCUUCCAGCAGUAGCAGCUAUUCCAUUAUUAGCUGUUUAUUAUAUUGAUUUUGGUGUCACAUCAGUAUUAGUACCUGGAUUCAUGCAGCAAUGGCUUAAUCAAUGUAUGACGUUUUUACAUGAAAAGGGUAUCGUUGAGACUCCAUCAAAUAUUACAAGCAUCGAUCUGAAGGGACUUUAUUACAUGUAUAUGGCCUCAAUGGCAAUCUUUUGCCCUAAUUCGAUCAAUAUAUUAGCAGGGAUCAAUGGUUUAGAAGUCGGCCAAAGUAUAGUAUUGGGUUUCCUUGCACUAAUUAACGAUACAUUGUAUGUUACUUUGGGUAAUGAAACUACGAAGAAUUCACAUAUUUUCUCUAUUGUACUGAUCAUUCCAUUCCUGGGCGUCUCUAUGGCAUUAUUCAAAUGGAAUAAAUGGCCGGCUAAGGUAUUUGUUGGGGACACAUAUUGUUAUUUUGCAGGAAUGGUGUUUGCCGUAGUGGGUAUCCAGGGUCAUUUUGCAAAGACAAUGUUAUUGUUAUUUGUACCUCAAAUUAUUAAUUUCAUUUACUCAGUGCCUCAAUUGUUUAAUCUGGUCUUUUGUCCCAGACAUAGAUUACCAAAAUUCAAUGAAUCAGAUGGGUUAUUAUAUCCAUCCAGAGCUAAUCUUAAGGAAUCGCCUCCAAAGGGAUUUUUCGUUCCAAUACUGAAAGUCUUAGGAUUAUGUCAUUUGAUUGAUCUUGAGAUUGAUGGCAAGACGGGACAAAUUGUGAGUUGUUCUAAUAUGACCAUUAUUAACUUGAUGUUGGUAUGGUUCGGCCCAAUGAGAGAGGACAAACUUUGUAAUUUAAUCCUAGGCUGUCAAUUUAUGAUCGGGUUUGCUGCAUUAGUAUUGAGACAUUGUGUUGGUUCAAUUAUUUUCCAACAUGAUAACUUGUGGACCAUCAAAUAG